AUGGCAACAAUCACAAAGCACUCCAACCUCGUAGCUAUCACCAUCACAAUCCUCGUACUGGGAUUUACGACACUACCAGUCUCAGCAAAACAAUGCGAAUCGAAAUACGAAGGCGCGUGUCACGACAAGAGCAUGGCUCUCAAGUUAAAACUCAUAGCAAUAUCAUGCAUAUUAGUAACAAGCAUGAUUGGGAUUUGUCUCCCUAUAUUCUCCCGUACGGUUCCUGCUUUGCAACCGGACCGAAACCUCUUCAUUCUCAUCAAAGCCUUUUCGUCCGGUGUGAUACUUGCCACCGGUUACAUGCACGUCAUGCCUGAUUCCUUCAACGACCUCAUGUCGGAUUGCUUGCCACAACAUCCUUGGCGAAAGUUUCCCUUCACCACCUUUGUUGCUAUGCUUUCUGCCAUUUUCACUCUCAUGGUUGAUUCAUUCUCUAUUGGUUACUUCAAGAAGAAGCUCUCUCCUUCCCGCAAUUCGUCGGAAGCUCCAAUUGGUGGUGUCAAUGAUAAGGAAUUGGAGCAAUCUGGUCAUAAUCAUGGCCUUGUAAAUGGAAGUAGAAAUGCACAUCCAGAUGUUAAUGCAGAACAGUUGCUACGCUAUCGUGUUGUGGCUCAGGUGUUGGAGCUAGGGAUUGUGGUGCACUCGGUGGUGAUUGGUUUGUCAAUGGGAGCUUCGGAGAACCCAUGCACGAUUCGGCCUCUCAUUGCUGCACUUUGCUUCCAUCAACUAUUUGAGGGUAUGGGCUUAGGUGGUUCCAUUCUUCAGGCUGAAUAUGGAUGGAAGGUGAAGGCAUUUAUGAUAUUCUUCUUCUCUUCAACGACUCCAUUUGGGAUUGCCUUGGGGAUUGGGUUGUCGAAUGUGUACAAAGAGACAAGUCCAACUUCGCUUAUUGUGGAGGGGAUUCUGAAUGCCAUAUCUGCGGGGCUUCUGGAUUACAUGGCAUUAGUAGAUUUAUUGGCUUCUGAUUUUAUGGGGCCUAAGCUUCAGGGUAGACUCAAGCUUCAGAUUUGGUCUUAUUUGGCUGUUUUGUUAGGCGCAGGAGCCAUGUCAGUGAUGGCAAUAUGGGCAUAG